CGCAUGGGAUGAUGUCGGAUAAAUCUAACGUGCACUGUGUUACUUCGUCUUCUCCGUAUACAUGGACGAUACGAUACGCUCGGAAGACUUCAACCUGUCGAAGAAUCCAUGUCAUAUACAUCCUUUACUACAUGUACCAUACAUAAACACACAUACUACGCAUCAGGGGGACAUACAAAUGUAUCCCCACAUCCACCCAUCCAAUCAUCAUAAUUACCUCAUUCACCGCCCAUCGCAUCUCAUCUCAUCGCAUAACCCACCCCAGCAAACGCCCCAUCUACUUCACCCCACUCCAGAAACGAGAAAAAAAACACCAUAUCAUCGGUGUAUAAAUCCUUCAUAAAAAAUUCAAAUCAUGAGAAAAAAACCACGCACGCGCGCCAAAAUAUGCCGUAAACACGCCCUUAAAUCAAGGCCCAUGAUAUAAAAUCCCGUGUGCCAUUGGAAAAGGAAAACCUCCCCUAGAUCAUGUGGGGAGGAAGCAAGGAAGGAAGGAAGGAAUGAAGCGAGAGAAGCGCCCAGUAUGCAAAACCCGCCGAAGCCGCUGGACUUUUCUU